AUGUCAUUGCAGGGGUUUUUGACAAGGGUUCCUCUCCUGUUGUCCUUUCCUACAAUCAUACUUUCUAGCAGCUUAAUAAUAGUGCUCUACGAUGAUGUCAAUUUAGAUGGGAAUGAUAUAAACAUAGUUGGCAAUGUUACUAAGAAUUUAACUAAACUGAUAUUGAUACCUUUAUUUUCUGCAUCGUCUUUCACAGCUUUGGGUUAUUCUUUGAAGAUCAUUACUAGAAAUAAGUUAAUAUUCCCAGUCUUCAUGGCUACUUUUAUAUCAAGUUUAUUAAGUUUCUUAUUAGGUCCAAUUCAAACUACUUGUAUAAGUUUACUGACAAUUAAUAUGCUGUGUACUGUUUACUACGAACAAAAUCCAAAAUUGUUAUCAUGGCUCCAAUUGACCAAGACUUAUCUACCGUUAGCAUUUAUUAGUACAUUAAUUUAUUACAUGGGAAACAAUGAAUACUCUUUGAUGCCAAUUGCAACUCAUUUGACAAUUAUCAUAAUACUAUUGAUUUCAAAGAAAACUAUUUUGUCAUAUUUAUUCAAAUCAUACCCUUCCAAAGAAUCUGAUCAAGAUCAAAGGCGGCAUUCAAAAUUCUUUAUCACAUUGUUGUUCGUGUUGAAACUAACUUCAAUUUUUUCAAUAUACAUGGUUUCGAUGUCCUUCCCACUAUGUGAUCUACAAUUGUUAAUGGUAAUCGUGUUCAUUGGCUGUCUGGCAAUUUUCUUUUUAUCCUUACAAGAUUUACUAACAAGCGAUUCUUCAGUGAACUCUGAUGGUGAAUUGGUAUUUAAAAAUUUACAUGUCGCUUGGAUUACUAAAUAUACAACAUUUUCUACAGGUAUGAUGGCUUUAGUAUUACACUAUCUAUCUUCAAAUACUUUAGGACCGCAUUCCAUUACUGAUCUCGUUGUGAUUCUAUAUAUUGUGAUGUCUGAAGUAAUUGUUUAUUUCCAAACCAAUGGUUACCAUCAUAAUUCAUCUCAUCAUUCACAUUCACAUGAUACAUCCAGUAACAAUAGCCACUCAUCAUCUCAUCAAGGUCAUACUCAUUCACACUCAUCUGGAAGCAUUUUUAGAGAAAUGGCCUCCAAUGAAGAAACAAGAUCAAUUUUCUCCUUUUUACUAUUGAAUACCACAUUUAUGUUUGUGCAAUUACUAUACUCCUUCCGUUCAAAAUCUUUAGGAUUAUUGUCCGAUUCUCUACAUAUGGCCUUAGAUUGUACAUCACUACUACUAGGUUUAUUGGCAGGUAUAUUGUCAAAGAGACCACCUAAUGAUAAGUUCCCGUUUGGUAUGGGAUAUUUGGAAACCUUGACAGGUUUCACAAACGGUAUUCUAUUAAUUGGAAUUGUUUCUGGUAUAUUUAUUGAAGCUAUAGGUAGAAUAUUUAAUCCAAUCCAUCUUCAUGGUACAAAUGAAUUGCUUGUUGUCGCUUCUCUAGGUUUAUUUGUUAAUUUAAUAGGUUUAUUUGCUUUUGAUCAUAGUGGUCAUGCUGGUGAUCACGGUAAUGAAAAUAUGAGAGGUGUCUUUUUACAUAUAUUAGCAGAUACAUUGGGUUCUGUAGGUGUCGUUAUUUCUACUUUGCUGAUUAAGUUAACACAUUGGCCAAUAUUCGAUCCAAUUGCCUCCAUAUUGAUCGGCUCUUUAAUUUUAUUAAGUGCCAUUCCAUUGAUUAAAUCUACAUCGUCGAGAAUUCUUCUUCAACUAGAUGAUAAAAAACAUAAUGCUGUUAAGAAUGCUUUAAACAAAAUUUCAACAACACCAGGUAUAUCUGGCUAUACUUCCCCUAAAUUUUGGCCAAUUUCUGCACCAUCAUCAGGACAUUCUCAUGGCCAUAGUCAUAGUCAUGGCCAUUCUCACUCACACUCUCACGAUGAUUCAAAAGAGGAACCUAAAGAUGAAGAUGGUAAUGGAAAGCCAGCCACAUUAAUGGGUUAUAUUCAUAUCCAAUAUGUAGAGGGAGAAAACUCUACUAUUGUCAAGAAGCGAGUAGAAAAAAUAUUUGAAUCAUUUGGAAUUAAAGCUUGGAUUCAAGUAGAGCCAACUGAUUCAAGAUGUUGGUGUAGAUCAUCAUCAUAUCAAGCACAGCAGAUAGUCCCACAAACAUUAUAUACUAAUUAA